AUGACGACCCGUGGACUUUCAAUCGACGGGGUCAGAUUUCGAGAUGCUGAAGGACGCGAGGUGACUUUUCGCGGCAUCAACGUCGCUGGAGACUGCAAACUGCCCCGUCACCCGAGCCAACCCUCGCACGAACUGAAGGACUUCUUCGACGCCAAAAAUGUCUCCUUCGUGGGACGCCCUUUCACGGAAGAGGAGGCACAUAUACAUUUUGCAAGGAUAAAAAGAUGGGGCUACAAUCUUAUUCGGUAUAUCUUCACUUGGGAAGCCCUGGAACAUGCUGGACCAGGCCAAUACGACGAGGAGUUUGUAGAGCACACCAUCAAGAUCUUGCGGAUUGCAAAGUCCUAUGGUCUCUAUGUCUUCAUGGAUCCCCAUCAGGACGUCUGGUCAAGGUUUACCGGCGGCUCCGGCGCACCCCUGUGGACGCUCCAUGCCUGUGGGCUGGAUCCAGAGACCUUCGUAGCAAACCAAGCUGCUGUUGUUCACAAUACCUGGCCGAACCCUGCACAAUUCCCCAAGAUGCUGUGGCCCACGAACUACACCCGCAUGGCUACCGAGACUACAUUUACCCUGUUCUAUGCAGGUCGGGACUUUGCUCCAAACGCUAUCAUAGAUGGCAAGAACAUCCAGGACUACUUGACGGACCAUUUCAUUUCAGCGUGUGCACAUCUGGCUCAGCGAAUACACGACGCUGGCGGCCUGGAGGAUGAUUGUAUCAUUGGCUGGGAAACAAUGAACGAGCCGCAUCGAGGAUUGAUCGGCUGGGAAGACCUGGACGCGCUUCCGGAUGAGCUGAAAAUGAGGAAAGGAACCAUGCCAACCCCAUGGCAAUCCAUUCUCACGGGAUCAGGGCGGGCUACAGAAGUCGACGUCUACGAGUUCAGCACUUUCGGGUCAUACAAGAGUGGCCGAGAACUAGUGGAUCCGGAAGGGGUGUCGGCCUGGCUUUCGAAAGAUUUCGAUGAUACAAAGUACGGCUGGAAGCGAGAUCCUGGCUGGAAGCUCGGCGAGUGUUUAUGGGCUCAAAACGGCGUCUGGGAUCCAAGCCAAGACCAACUCUUGAAGCCAGAUUAUUUCGCCACCAUACCCAAGUCAGGAGAGAAGUUGGACUACCUCAAAUACACCAACAUAUACUACAUGCAACAUUUCCGGAAGUAUAGAGAUGCUAUUCGCUCGAUUCACAAGAAUUGCCUGAUUCUGGUGCAAUCGGCCGUUCUUGAAAUACCCCCAAGCAUCAAGGGAACUGUCGACGACGAUAAGAGAUUGGUCUUUUCUACUCAUUACUACGAUGGCAUCACGCUGCUCCAGAAACACUGGAACAAAUACUACAAUGUGGACGUCUUUGGUAUACUGCGUCACAAAUACUCCAACCCCGUGUUCGCUGUUCGGCUCGGUGAGAAUGCUAUCAGGAAAUGUUUGCGAGACCAAUUGAGAGCGAUACGCGAGGAAGGGGUGAAUUAUCUGGGAGAACAUCCUACACUUUUCACAGAAAUCGGCAUCCCCUUCGACAUGGAUGACAAAUACGCCUACACGACCGGUGACUAUUCCAGCCAGAUCUCGGCCUUGGAUGCCAAUCAUUUCGCCUUGGAAGGGUCGGGGUCCCAGGGAUAUACUCUGUGGACCUACAACAACCACGAAUGGGGCGACUUGUGGAACGGCGAAGAUCUCUCUAUCGUCUCAGUCGACGACCCUCUCCUUCCAAGCGUCUCGACAUUAUCUGCGCUCCCCUCCGCCAAUCCCUCCAUAACCUCCUUAGGCCAGCAAUCAACCUCCCAUUCAAGCGCGACACUGUCUGACUCGACCACAAUAAACCCAUCCAACCUCAAAGAGGCACUUAAAACUCCGCAGAUCAAUCAAACGCUUCAACCUACUCUGAGAACUACGGAGGGGACACCCGGUUUCCGUGCUGCCGAAGCCUGGGUUCGGCCUUCCCCAAUCGCAACCGUCGGCGACGUUGUGAGUUACGGCUUCGACCUGAAGACCGUGACAUUCACAUUCUCCUUGACCUCCGACAACCCGACAAACGAAUCCGUCCCCACGGAGAUUUUCUUGCCCGAGUUUCACUUCCCGCCCGGUAAGACGCAGGUGGAGGUUAGCGGCGGGCGAUGGAGACUCGACGUUCUGGAUGUCGAUGGCGAAGGCAUGCAGGUCAUGAGGUGGUGGCAUGGGGCCGGGGAGCAGACCAUGACUGUCAAGGGGAUGAAGAGGAAGCCCGGGGCGCUGAAUGAGGAGGAGGAUGCCGAAGCUGGAUAUUUGGAUACAAUGAGGGAGAACUGCUCGGUCAUGUGA